UUAGAUGAAGUUACAUUACUUUUCGUGGGAGAUAUUUCCUUUGCUGGCCCCAUCAAAUACUAUGUUGAUCACAAGUACUAUACGUACAAUGAUACUUUCAAUGACGUGGCUCCAUUCAUCAGAGAGGCGGACAUUUCAGUGGGUAAUUUGGAGUCGCCAUUUGCCAACCAACAUGUUCUUAAUCACCUUUACCGAGGGAGAAAACCAGUUUUGCUAUAUGCCACUCCUAAAGCUGCAUCAGCGCUCAGGCGAAAAUCAUAACGGAAACUGGUAAAGUUUAAAUUUACACAAGGAAGAAAUCGUUUUUAAAGAGGCCUCCACUGUCAGAACAAGCUUCCGUUAAACUGCAUGGAAAAUUUAUUGUGCUACGAAGAUUCUAGGAAAAAUUUGUGAAACAAGAAUAUAUGGGAAAGUAAGAAAACUAGAAAGGAAUACAAACAAAAUGAUAUUUGAAUUUCCCGUAACACGGCUGCCACUUUUAUCAUCAGACACUGAAUAAUUCUUUUAUGUCCUAUAAGGGCACAUCAUCCAAAAUGGCGGCGCGUAUAAAAUUCCAGCUUAAAUAGAACCCGUACCUUUUUUAUGUCAACAGAGUUUAUCUCCAAAGUUUGUUUUUUUUAUAAUUUAAGGACGAUUUGUUCUACAGUGGAGUUUUCCUUUAGAGGGUGCAGAAUUUUGUAAUUUCAUUCUACUAUGAAAGUGUGGGGUAAUGCAUUUGAGCUCCUCUUUUCGUUCGAGCUGCAUUAAACCAACAUCCAACCCAUUUGUGCCGUAAGUAAACCGUUCAACGAUAUAAAGAGAGUCUAAAGCUGACGAGCAUAAGUUCUUAGUUAUUCCCUCUGACAACGCUCGAAACGUCAGCUUUAUAAACUCUUUACGGUGGCCAAUUAACAUCGUCAACUCAGUCGAUCAAACCAAAUCAUCUUGUUAUAUCCUGCCACAGAAAAAGUAGCGCAGUUUCUUUAGAAAUUUACCCCCUUUAUUCAUUUUAAUAACAUUCCAUGACUGUGAAUAAAAUUAUAUGAAAAUCAUAUAUGUGAGCUGCGGUUUUUACACUACUUAAGAAGUGGUGAAAAUAAGGCCUGUGCGGGAUUUGAAAAUUUAUUUUCGGUAUUUGAAAUUUCUGUUCGCCUCAUUUUCACUACUGCUUAAGUAGUGUUCAUCACUGCCAAGAUCGCCUUCACAUUCAGUAUCGAUUCUUUUCAUACCGUCUGUUCUACGACAAUCUCGAGAUGAGCAACAGCUGGAAGAAAUGAUUCUAUGUUCAAAAUAACAUUUGAAUCUAAGACUGAUCUGAGAUCAUUAUCGUAAGGUUUGCAUUACAUCAGUUAAAAAAAUAAAACAAAACAAACGACAUCAAAAAAUUAAUAAAUAAACAGGUGCAAAUACAUUGAUUCCGCCCGCCUAUUGCUUGUCCUGAAGUGAAUCUGAUCAAUACUAAUUAAGUAAAUCCCAAACUGAAUUUUAAAAAAAUAUAGAAACAAAUUUCAUUAAUACGAUAAAAGAAUUUCAUAACAUGGAAGAAUAUGAAAGUAACUUGCGAAAUAUUAUUUUAGCACCGUCUUCAGCCAUCUCAGAAGUGAGGACCUAGUUUAAAUUAUUCGUUUGCAAUGAGAAGUUUUCAAGCCUAAUAGCAGGGUAUAUAUUGCACAUGCCCGAUAGUUAUACUCUUGGAUCCUCCACGCAGGUUUGCAGGAUUUGAUGUCGUGACUAUUGCCAACAAUCACUUGAACGAUUUAGGCGGUGUAGGAGCCAAUUUUACCACUGAAGUCCUGGAAAAGACGGGUAUAAAGUAUUUUGGAAUAAGUUUGGGAAAAUAUGACUCCUCUCAGGUACACUAACGAAUUGUUUUAAACCCCGUUUUCCUGGAAACGAGAUGAAAGAAUAUUUAGCGAAAGCAUGGAGAUUUAAUCUCAAACUAAUACAACUAUGUUACAUGUGUUUAACAUUUUAGACAUUUUUGCUAAGCUUUCAAUGUUGAAUAAAUAUCGUGUGACCUGGAUAUUAUUAAUAACCGAAUGGAUUUGUGAACAGCAAGGGAGCGUCUAGAAGAGUGCUGCAAAUCUUUCCAACGAGACGUAUACUGUGUAACCAUCACAGUUAAUGAUUAUUUACCCGACAGGGUUUAGGAAGGUGUCAUAACUGUCGGUCGGCUUAACGGGCGAUUCACAAUUUAUCAAUUUAGACAGGUGUACUGUAGCUCAUUUGCAACAUUUGGGUACUCUUAGGGCCAGUACACAUUGAGGCCAGGGAGAGGUUGUUAGCGCGCUUGCAAAUGUAACGUGAACGCAACCUUGGCUAAGUGGGUUACUGCAUCUUGAGAAGUUUGAGGAAAAUUGGGAAUGCCUUUGACAGGGUUACCUUCCACAGCAGACCGGGUAAUCCGGCUAGGCGGGUUUCUCCAGUUACUAUGUAAACAUGAUCAAGAUAAAAUAAGAGGUUAUAUAUAUGAACAGACAGGUCAUCUGACCUACCUAGGGUCCUCCACCUCAAUAUAAACAAGCCCAUAUUAAAUUCCAUACAGCAGUAUCUCCCGCUGUUAACGUUACAUUUACUCCUGUUAGAUCUUAACAGAUACAUCUUAAACCAGUUUUAAGCUGAUAUCAAUAUUUUUGUUGUCAUUUUUUAGGAACCUCUCAUUAUUAAAAGAGACAGAAUCACUAUAGCAUUCCUCCGUUAUUGUGCAAUACCCUCCACAAAGAAGAACUUCAGCGAAAUGAGGAAGUUGUUCAACUCGGGUCCCGCCAUUUAUCAAGAUGAUAUGGCUACAAGAGACAUCAGGACGCUAAAGAAGGUUUAACUCAAGUUUAAUAGCUUUAUGAUCAUCAGGGCAGUUUUUAAUUGAGUACCGAAACUGAUCCAGGAUUACUCUGGUUUUGCUUUACUUCGCUUUGUGAUUGGUCCAGAAAAUUGGCGCCUCCUUUUAACCGACGAGAUUCAACUUAAACGAAUCAUGAUUUCGUUAUCAGCAUUUACCUGCGUUUCAUGCAGGUUACCUGUUUAUACUUUGUGUUCUCGUUAGGUAAUAAUGAUGUUGAGCAUCGCUCAUAUUGACUGUUGUGAUACCUUUGGUUUUAGUAAUCCGAAACUCAACUGAAAACUACACUAACUGAAAGUUAAGAAAUAAUUUAUUCAUCUUUUUGUACGUAGAAGGGAAAAGGCUUAGAAUUAUAAAUGACAUAAUUUUCUUCUUAAGCCAGCUUAACGUAGCAUUUAGGUAAAGAAUGAGUUGUUAUUCAAAUUGAGAAAAACUGUAAACAAGAAGAAAAUGCCAUCUUCUGCGUGAUAGAACCUGCGGCUAUAGUUAGUAGUUGGACGUUGUUACCAACCUGGCCGAACUAAGGUAGCCACGUAUUUGGAACGAGAUGAUCUUUGGUUGGCUUGCAAAUUUAACCUGUGCGGCUAAAAACAUAGUAAUAAUGAUAAUAUCGAUAAUGAUAAUAAUAAUAAUAAUAAUAAUAAUAAUCAUGAGAUAUAGCAAUGGACAUUCCACGAGGUAGCUUUCUUGUCCACUGUUUCCUUGUCGAAUUGGAAUUUAGAAUGUUGAUAUUGUGGAGGAAGGAAAACCGGAGGACUUGGAGAAAAGCCCUCGGAUCAGGGUGAAAACCAAAGACAAACUCAAGCCCGGCGCACACUAGAGCUAUCAGCUGAGCUGAGCGUCACUCAUGGCUGUUGGCGUAAGCUGUUUCCUCAAGUGUGCGGUGUCAUGUUCUGCGAUUUUUGUCACGCGUACCAUGAGCUCAGAAUAUUCAACAUGUUGAAUAAUUUCGUGCACGAGUGAAUAUUGACUCACAGUGUGCGCGCGUUUUGAGCUAUCAGCUCAGGAAUCAAUGCGAACGCGCAUGCGUCCUUGCCAUGUUUUAUUGAAGUCAAGAUGGCGGCAAACAACUCGAUAAUUAAAACAUGGCAAGACUGCAUCCUGAACCCACAAAGAACGCAAAAUGGAUCACUGUAUUCGGAGCUGAAGAUCAACACUGUAUAUGUCUCAAGAAUUAGGAUCAAAUCUCUCUGAAAUCAAAUCUCUUCUAAAUAGUAUUUAAAACAAAUUUCUUACCUAACAAUAUGAUAUUUUAUUUCAUCUUCAAAAAUACAUUUUGCAUGGUGCGAAAAGCUGAUGAAGUGUCGGCAGUUUACUAGCUAUAUCAAACACGCGUAAAUAAUUAGAGCUAUUUUACAAUAAUGGUUUUUUCUAAGUCCUCGUUAAACACCUUGUAAAACACUACAUUUUAUGUAAUAAAGUAUAGUUAAAUUCUCUAUGUUCUUUGUCAUCGACCUUGACAAUGCAACCUCUCUCCUUCCAUAGGGAAGAAAUAUAACCCUAUGAGUAAUUAACUAAUUAUAUAAAAGGCGCUUGCUAGCUACUUUCCUGGUCGCAAUGAUCUCGUUGCGACAUAAGCAUUUAUCGUCCUCAGCUCCACAGACUUCGAUCCAUUGAGCAUUCUUUUGAGGCUCAGGGUGGAGUCUUUUGGUUUUGUGAUUAAAUUUGAUUCUAAGAGGCAAAUACUUUGCAUUAACCACACCUUUCCUGCGACAUGAAAAUGAAGAACAUUAUUUUUAAAAAAAAAUUAAUUGAGCUACAUUUUAUAGCAAGAAAUCUAUCUCUAAGAAAGCAUUUCUUUCAUUGAAGCCCUGUUUGAAAACAAUUAAUCAAAUGAUGAAUAAUAAACAGCUGUGACUUGUACCUUGAAACGUUGACUUUGAGUAUCUGGGAAAUUCUUAGGUCGUUGCUAGUUCCAAAGGCGUAAUGCUCGUAAGACUCGAUUUCAACUUCACUCGGCUUUUUGCCAAAACCUCCAUACACAAUCUUCGAGAAAAAAAGGGAGAAAUACAUCAAUUGACUGACAGGAACGGAAAAAUGUUUUGCUCGCCAAGAAAGUAAUGAACAAACCAAUUAGAAAUCAGGGAUCCGACCCUGCCCUCCCCGGGGAGGGUCGGAGGAUUUUGUCGUAUCACCAUAGCACGAUAAAAUUUACCUGGUUCCCCCUGAGGUUCUGUAAUAUCCUUAUGGUAACCCUUCCCCGCUUUUUCCCCUGUUGGCGUUGUAAAACCCUGUUGGUUACAUUGAGGAACACAACAGCUUGUAGGCAUGUCGAUAAUAUGUAGAUAUAUAGUAAAAUAGUGAAGAUAAAGACGAUGUUUUCACACGAUAUAUCAAAUUAUAGCAACUUGCUCUCCAAGAUGUUUCCUGAGUAACCUCGACUUCAUGAUCUGGCCCAAUCGCGUACAAGUGUUGUCGGCCAUAUUGGAAUUAGGUGUAUGAGGAUCUGUAAUAUUCUUAUGUUUCUUCCCCUCCCCCUCCGUCAAUUCUCCAUAUAGUAGCCCCCUUUCCUUAUACUUUGUUGGUGUCGUCUGAUUUGCUCCCCGUUUCCCCUGAAAACAAUGACAAGAGAGAGUAAUUGGAUCCUCUCUUCAUGUAAAUACUGGUCUCUUACUUAACAAUUUUCUAUAAGCGUCGUCGGCGAGGGAUUUAUGGUAAAUUCAUCUCGCAUACCUCAGCGCUGAUGCAGCAUCCUUGUUAGCAAUGAGUAAAACUGUCUUUUCACCUUUGAACAUGUGGGUCUAAACAUCUUCGUUGACGAAUGGAGAUUCCAAAUUACACACAGACAUAUUAGCAUCUCUGAUAUAUGGAGCCACUUCUUUGAAAGAGUCAUUGUAUGUGUAGCACUUACGCUCCACGUAAUAUUUGACUGGGCCAGCGAAAUAAAUAUCUCCCACGAAUAUCAAGGAUACAUGCUCUGCAAGGAAGAAAGGACGAAAAAAAUUCAGCUCAUCGAUACGAAUAAGACAAGAGUGAAACCCUAAAAGGCUCCAAGGGAAAUUUGAAUUUGUACCCGUUAAGAACAAGAUUUUUUACUAUGCCAAGGGUAUAGUUACAGAAAUUAUCAGACUGAUAUCCGAUGAAGAUCGAUUUUGGUUAAGAUGAGCUCUCGGUCUGUCGUACAAAUAGAGCGAUUCAUCGGAGUUAUCGGUGCAUUAGCCUCGAAAAAUAAAUCUAAAGUAGCUAUUCGCGAGGACCUUCCUGGUAAGCGGGAGGCUAAAGUUAUAUAAACAAUAGCCUCCCUUUGGCUCGAAAAUGCACUUGGAUAUUUGUCUGCGCCCGCUUUCUAUUUCGAGUAAGUCUCGAUGAACAGAGAAUUUCCAAAGAAAAAUAUUUAUGAACACAAUUUUGCUCCCAAUAUAAGCUAUUGUGUUUAUUAUGUUUCAAAUGUUUCUGCAACGUGUGGAAACUUUUCAGUGUAGUCUUGUACGACUUUUCGAACAUUCAAAUAUGUCGCUUUUUCUGGGAAAAGAGCUAAACGCUCAUUCAUUUUGAUUUUAAUUUGAAACGUUUGGGUUGUAUUUUUUUUAAAAGCCAAAGGUGACAUCAUAGUUGUAUUCAUGCAUUAUGGAAUGGAAACAAAAUUAAGACCACUCCCCUACCAGAUUGAUAUAAACAAACACCUGCUGUCUCUCGGCGUGGAUAUAAUCAUUGGAGCCCAUCCGCACGUGGUACAGGGACAUUGUGUCAAACAUAACAAGCUUAUUGAAGACAGCUUGGGGAAUUUCCUAUUUCAUCCGUGUCCUUAUAAACGGGGAAGCAAUCCAGUUACGUAUUUAUCCGUUCGACCUGUUUACUAA